GAUUAGAUAAAGUACAGCAAACUUUAAUCCCCUGAGCAGUCCCUUUAUCUACAUCUUAAACUUGGUCCACCACACUAAAACAGUUACAGACUGACUGAACAAUCAGAACACAGCAAAUCUUUUCUUUCUUUUUCCACUAUGCAUUAAGUAUUAAUCAAAACUACCACCAGAGGAAAUAACAAUUUUCUCCCUAAAUUGUGGUUUUGUGAACAAACAAAAGAAAGAAAUUGAUUAUGCAGCUUUCAGAGGCUGUAUCUGGCUUCAAUGUAUACAAAAUAACACAGGAAACCAGAAAAAGCUACUUUAAUUGAAUACAUUGGAGCUCUGAAUACAAACCAGUCUCUGCAAUGACCUUUCCAGAGUAAAAUGUUAUUCCUUACAUGCACCUAACAGCAGGAAGCUGCCAUAUACACAGUUCCCCUUCACGUCACUGUAGAGUUAUGAUCUCCAAGAUAAAGGGCAGAUCCUUUUCUCCGAAAGAAAAAUAAUCUGCGGGCUGGAGAUUGGGAUGCAGACGAAAAGCAUGUUUUGGUGACCAAAAUAGCAGAGGAGGAAGAGCAACGUCUGGGAAAGAAAAAAAGGAGUAUUAGAGAGAUGCAAAUAGAGAAGACUGGACUGUUUCUCAGCCCAGUUUGCCAGAUUUUUAACAGAGCACAACAAACUUGUGCAAUUUUCGUGGCAGUUGUCCAUGGGAACUCAUCCAAGGCACAUUGGAGCUGACCCUCCUGGGAGGUCCUGUUAGAUAGAGAGUAAUACUUCAUGAAGACCAAAGUAAGAGUGCACUUCUUCCGUCAAAUUUCGGCUGACUACAGGACAACAUUUGGAAGGAUUACUGCUGAAAGGCUGAGCUCCUCCUUUACUUGUCCUUUUUGUGUGUUUUCUUGCAUUUCGAAAUGUAUUCACUGCCUGCCAGCAAGGACUAAAACUUCCAUUUUCCGAGUGGACCAACAGUUUCAUCUUAUCAGGAGAGACGUUUGAGCUGACUGGAACGAAACACUCACAUAUCCCCCUACUGAGAGCUUUUGUUUCUGCUGCAGCAGAAGCAUUUUACCGCGGGUAGCAAUGGAGUUGGAGAAGGGACAUAUGCCUAUCAGGAGAGGGGUGAGCUGGAGUCCAGGAGGGUUGAGAAAACCUCUCCAGACAACGCAAAACAUGCACACCCCUGAGACUGAGUGCAAUGCAUCAUGGGAGAAGACAGGAUUCAACAAAGAACAGAUGAGCCGGAAAACAAAUCUGACCCGGAGUGCCAGUUUAUCAGAGAAGGAGCUAAAGGAGGCCCGUGUCAGGAGUCAGAUCAUUGCUGCUCAGCUCACCAUCCCUUCGAACUCCAGCUCCAGAGGCGUUCAGCUCUUCAACCGGCGCAAGCAGAGGGUCAACGCCUUUACACUUGAAAGCUGUGGAGAAGGGUCAGAGGAGGACAGAGCUGAGAAUGUGAAAACCAACCCCUCGUCUAACAAACUAACAUGGGCAGAGAGGAGCAGUGAGGAGAAGGAUAGAAACCUGAACUUUAAAAAUAGCACUACCAAGCCACUCUUGUCACCACCUGGGAGGGUACAUUCAGUAGGUGAUAUCACGGAGGACCCAGGUAAGGAUUUCCACAAGGAAGAGGACAUGGAGGACCGUGUUAUCCAAGAAAGACAUUUCCUCCCUGUCAAGGAAGAGCAGGAGGAAGAGGAAGAGGCUAGAAAUAAAAUCCACGAGGAGCUUGAGGACAAAAUAAAGGAUGAGAUUCUCCCUGGAAGUAAUAAUACUGAUCCAGUUCUUAUUGGACAUGCUGAAGAAGAAGCAGAAAUGAAUGGGGGCCACACAGGACCAGUUCCCCCAGGAAAGCACCACAAUGACUGCCACAGUACCUCUGGACCCGAGAGGGCUUCUGUGUCUACAUCCAAGCAGACAAGCACUAUCAUCAAUCGAACUGCCAGGCCCUUUUUCUCGCCGCUGACAGUGCAGUCUCAAGAGGCAGUCUGCCCUGUCAUGGAAAUACCCCCUGCUCCCUCUUACGCCACUCCUCCUCUCCCUGCUUUCACUGCUCCCCAACCUGCAGCGUUCUCACCUCCACCGCCUCCGUCUUAUCCCACACCUCCUCUACCGGCCUUUACAAAUCAACCCCCGCAAACCUACUACUCCAGUCCACCUCCGAUGUCUCCUGUCAUGUCCCCUUCCUCUCCUCCACCUUCCCAGUUCCCUCUUUCUCCUGUAUCUCAUUACCCACCUAUGCCCCAUUAUGGCCCUCCCACGGCCCCUAAGCCCUCCACCUUUGUUCCUCAGCCUGCUGGAGAGAGGAAAUCGAUACAACCAAUCAAAACAGGAAUACUCGAGGAGGGUGCUGCUAGAAGGGCAAACAGGAAGGCAAUGUUCACCUUCAAAGAGAAGCCAGUGGUAGCUCCAAACCCUGAGUUGCUCUCUCUGGUGCAGGGGGCGGAUGAAAGGAAGAAACACGGACAUAGAUCUGUGCCUGAGCCAGCAUCCGAGGAAGAGUUACUGGCGCUGGGUGCAGAGGCCUCUAACUUCCUCGCCAAGGAAGAGGACACAGCUGAGGAGGCAAGAGCUCCAGAGUGGGCUUCUUGCCUGAAGAGCUCCAGGACCCGACCGAGGGCAGAACACAAGCCAGAGCAAACACUCUCCAAUGUAUCAGGAAAGGGGGCUGAGCUGUUUGCCAAGCGUCAGUCCAGGAUGGAGAAAUAUGUUGUUGAGAAACAAAAUGCAGGAAAAAUUAGAUCUCCUUCUCCCACGAUGUCCCUGCCUCCAUCUUGGGUGUACCCAUCAAACAUGCCUGGCAGGGUCAAGGCCAUUGCUAAAAACUCUGACAUGAGUGCUCAGCUUUCACAAAACAUAAAGGCCCAACAAGCGGUCAAGCAAAAACCAAGACAAAAAGCUCCAGCACCAGAGCCAAUUCCAGAGCCACCUCCUUUAGAAAACGGUUGCUCCAAGAUAGAGAUGGACCUGUCAAGGCACCGGCCCUACCAGCUUAACUCUUCUCUCUUCAUCUUUAACCCAGCCAAGGACCCCAUUAGUACCUUACCCAGAGGAGCACCGCAGUCUAGGAACCUGAUGUCUACCCAGUCUUUCUCCAGGCAGACUUCCUUACCUAAUAACCCUCCUUCUCACUUCAGUACCCAGUGUAUGUCUCCACAGCUGCCUCUCAGCCCCACAAGAGGAGGAGCAGAAUAUCCAUCAAAUUCAGCCUCUGGGCAGCCGAGGAUCAGUUCUCCUAUGUCUGCCUUUUCUCCAGAGCGGGUGUCCUCUCCUCGGUCAGUGGUCCAGGCACCGAGGCCCAUGUUUUCUGCCAAGAAGGCAGGGAUUGCACCACAGACACCUAAGGACUGUUCCCCAGUUGAAAUCCCCAGUGAGACUCCCACACCAACCAGGACACCCAGCCUCACCAGACGUUUCAGCAGCCCAGAGGGCCCCAGCACUGGUGCCUGGACUCCCAGCCUCCAAACCAAUCGGCCCUCCACCACCAUCUCUAGCCGCUCAGUUACUUCCCCCGUAUCCUCUCCCAGGGGUACGAGAUGCCAGUCCCCUAUGGCCUGUCAGAAUAUCCAAUUAUCUGCUGUUACCUCCACUACAACAUCCAGACCCUCCCAGACAUCUACAGCCACCUCUUCACACUCUCCUUGGGGUUCAAGAUGUCAGUCCCCAGUGGUGAGCCAGAAUACCCAGUCCUCCUGCAGCUCCUCUAUUCCUGGUUUCAGACCUUCCCAAACAUCUACGACUACUUCUCCUUUUUCUCUUCCUUGGGGUUCAAGAUGCCAGUCCCCAAUGGUAAGCCAGCAUACUCAGUCUUCCACUGUCACCUCCAUGUACACAUCCAGACCCUCCCAAACCUCCACAGCCACAUCCCCACGCUCUCCUCCUUGGGGAUCAAGAUGCCAGUCCCCCAUGGUGAGCCAAAAUACCCAGUCUUCCACCAUUUCCACUCUUCCUACUGCCAGACCUUCCCAAACAACUACUACUUCUCCUCCUUGGGGAUCAAGAUGUCAAUCCCCAAAGGUAAGCCAGAAUACUUCAAGUGUCAAUUCUACACCCAGACCAACCCAAACAUAUACAGUCACAUCUCCAGUCUCUCCUCCUUGGGGCUCACGUUCCCAGUCUCCUGCAAUCUCUCAGACCAGUUUAUCAUUCCAACCCACUAAAUCUCUGCACACAUCCUCUGCCACCUCUCCAGUUUCCCCACCCAAAGACAGUCGCUGCAUGUCCCCCAUUGUUAAUAACCUAGACUCUAAAGCCAACCAUCGCAUCCUGGCCAAGAACAUCAUCAAUGCAGCCAAACGUAAAAACAGCCCCUCACCUGGAGCACUGAGUGGGCACAGCCUCCCCAUCUCACCACUGGGCAAUUCCCAUCAUGGCUAUGACUGUCACAAACCACCCAUGAGUCCUUUCCAGUCACGGGCAUUGGGAGCUCAGUCCCCUGUCUUCACCAGCCCUCCUGCCACCCCAACACAGAGGAUCUGCUCUCCUGUGAGGCUCUACAACACUCGCUCCCUCACCGACUCUGAUGCUUCUGUUGAGUCUGAAGACUCAGGCCUCCGAUCGCCUGGCCUACACUCCUACAACACCUGUCCCCGUGGGUGGGGCGGUAGCUUGAGGGUCAAGAGAAGCACAGUCUCCACUGACCUGUGAGGGUGUUACUGGGUCGCAAUUAAGAGAUUAUUUCAGUUUUCAUAGACUUUUGUGGCAUUGGAUCAACCAGUAAAAGAGUUUCUGAUGAUAUUUCAGAAUAAUAUUAGAUAAGUUACCUUUCUGUAACUUUGAAUAGGAUCCUGGACAAUAAUACAUGUUGUAUCAAGGUAGUAUUAGUAUUUUAUAUGACUUACAUUCAAAAUAUGUAUGACUGACAAGAACAAGCUUUUAAUAUAACGCAGUUGCUGUGGCUUGUAUGCUUCUUACAUACCAAAAAGUGCAAAGACUCAAAAUAACCAAAGAAAUUUGAAUUCACUUCAAUGAAUGUUACUUAUAAUUUUUUUCACCUUCACGGCCACUUUUAUAGUUGAGUAGUAGUUUAUGUUUACUGGGCUGACGCGAGUCAAAAUGGGAAGAGACUUAAAAAUGUAGACAUAGAAGGGACACAUAGAAUGAGUAAUGUGUAAAUAUUUCGCUCGUUGGACUGUACAGUACUUUGGUUAAGGAAUUCUCAGCGUAAUGUAUUAGUGAAGCAUCAAACUUAACUAUUCAUUGAAUGCGGAUUUAGAACAUACUGGAUAAAAUGAGUUUCCAUAAAAAGACACAGUGGUAAGUGGGACACGUGCUAUACACAUUAUCAUACAUGGUCAAUUAUUCACCACAGUUUAUUAUGCAUUUUAAUCAAAAAAUCAUAUGCAUAAUUAUCGCAGUGCAAUAAUCACAGUGUAUAUAUGUUGCUUUAUGUACUGCAUUUGCUAAAAUGAAUGUAAGCUUUACAGACAGAUUGACAGAGAAUGACAAAGUGAGCGUUGAGUAUGAAGAGUUACGUGGAGGUUCAAUGGGGCAUUGAUGCACCUGUUCAAUCAAACACUGUUUCCAUGUUUCAGGAAAAAAAGAUUUCAAAUGUUUCAAAACAUUUAAUGAUAGAUGAAGAACAAUUUAAUGAACAAAUAUUAGCUAUUAACAAUUUAAUGGCAUAUUGAUUGUAUUAUUCAUAUUGGAGAUGGAUAUGUAUGUCUAGGUUUUGUUGCUUUUCCUGGAAGAAGAGCACAAACUCUUAGUAAGUCUUUUUUAUAUCAAUAAUGUCUUUAAAUAGAAAGUGCCUGUACUUAUUGUAAAGUGGCUGUUUGGAUGAGGUUUAGAAGCAAAUGCAUGUGUCACACAAGUAGAGAAGGUACAACAAAAUGUUGUUAAAAAGGUUGGAAAAAAGGUUAGACGAAUGUUGUAUGUUGUAAAAGUGUUUGUGAGAAAAGGAUCAGAGGAAUGGAUUGUAUUUUAAAUACAUAACUCUAAUGUACAUUCUCUUUAACUUCUAAAGUUUCUUUUUAUACUUGAUUUGCACUUCUGUUCAUUCAAUUUCAGUAGCUAAGUUGGCUUUGUUUAAAACUUGAUUUGCUUAAACAGGUGUAAUUCACAAUAAAAACCAGCGAAUAAAUAUCCUGCUGUAAAGUUAAUAACAUUCCUUCACUAUUCAACACCUUCACUCAAUGGUGGCAAUUAACUGUAAACCUGACUGCUGCGUUCAAACCACAACUGUCAUCUUGUUUCAAGUGUGGGAUUAUUGAAAGCACGUUUACACCAUUCCUUAUCUUUCCCAGACCUGUACCAGCACACACAACAGAUCAUUCCUUCACUCCCUGGCUCCAGGCCAAAAGCAUCAGCACAUUUCUAAAUAUUAACUUAUGUGUGUCUUUUGAGUGACAGGGACACCUGCUACAUGGUAACUUGCCUCCUUCAGCAGGAUUAAACAUAUCACUGUCAUGGAUUGGUUUCAACCUAGGUCACCUCUGGACAAACCAAACAUUGCUGACACCCUCAAACACAGAAAAUAAUCAGUGCAAGUUUGAGUUUUGCAAUUUUGCAAGCAGAGUUUGGGGGUUUCUGUAAUUGCAUGCCCGUAUUUUUUCAAUACAGAUGAAUUUUCUCUAAUUUCAUAACUGUAUGAUGUCUGAAAAUGAAUGCAAAAAUAAAAACACACACCAAUUUAAAAAAAUG